GGAAAAGAAGAAAAAACACUACAGAAUCAAGUACAACGAAGACAGUUGAAAAUCAAAGAUGUUGGUCCAGUCUUCCCGUAGAUCCUUUAACAAUGAUAAUCAGAUGCCUAUGCUUUCUUGACCAUUUCUCUUUCCGUGCGGUCUGUAAGCAGUGGCGUUUAGCUUCAAAGAAUUGCCCGGUGCAAUACCCACUAUGGCUCAUGAUCUCGAGGAACUCCACGGCUACUACUAAAUGGGAGUUUGGGGACCCCUCCACCAGGCGCAUAUACACAGUUGAUGUCCCAGAGUUAUGCAGGAGCAGCACAAGGUUGCUGCUCUCAAAGCAUGGCUGGCUCCUUGUGUUUUCUUCGGAACCUUCCCCGUCUCUAUUCUUCUUCAAUCCAUUCUCUCGAGCACGGAUAGAUCUCCCUUGGUCAACUGACUUCUCUGGAAUGACACACAUGUUAAAGUUCAGAUAUCGCCGGACUAUAAUCUAUGACUACAUGCCAGUUUUUGCUCUAUCAGCACCCCCAACAUCCCCCCAUUGCGUUGUCUAUGCCGCCACCUAUAUUGACGAGGAAAACUUUGAAAUCAGCUUCUGCCGCCACGGCGACAGUACUUGGACUACAAGGAGAGUUGACAAAACUCCAGGAAUCAAAUUUGCACCUAUUAAGAAUGCAAUGGUCCAUGCUGGGAUAUUCUAUUGGGUGGAGAAGGAGGGGCGGGUCAUGGCAUACCGAGAGACUGACAAAGGCGACCAAUAUAGAUGUUUUAGAAGAGCCAAGCUAGCUCUUCGCGAUGACAAGGUUUACUCAUACAUGGUAGACUCCGGAGAUGGGAAAGUGUCAAUGUGUGUUGAUUUUCCUUUGAUGGGGCCGAGGCAAGUCAUUACUCUCUUAGAGGAUAUCGACGACCCAAUUGAGAUUGAAAAUUUGGAAAGUUAUGACGACAAAUAUCGUGUAAACCGCAAACGUGAUGGGUAUGCAACACUGGGGCCGUCUUGGCUGCGGCUGGAUAGUUUCCCUGUUGGUUCUUGGUGUCUCUCAUCAUCUGACUCUGAGGAAGAUCAUGGUCCAAAAUUUUGCAAUUGGCAUUUGCUGAAAAUGAAAAGAUGCCCAAGGUCUUGUGGUCUCUCUGGGGAUUCUGUUUGGAUUGAACCCAAAUGGAUUGAGCCAUCACUAGCCAUUGCAUGGAGUACUUAAUUAAUAUAUAUGUUAA